GUGAAACGGCUUCAUGGGCCUGAGGAACCAUGUGGAGGAUGGGACAGGCCACAUCCUCAGCCAGGGGCUGGAUCUGGACUACCUCCACGUGGAAGGCCAGAGCACCGGGAAAGACGCCAGGAAAGUGUCCUCGACACCAGCGUCUGCUUCUGGAGGCUCUGGCCUUGGCGACAGCACCAAUAGCUUGGAUAGCAGCAGCGCUAGCUUCAGUAGCUUCUUCUCUGAGGAAAGUGGAGACAGCGAGGAUGAGCGUCAUGCAUCCAUUCAGGCACAGACCCGGGAAUCCUCUGCCAGGCUGGACCUGGCGGAGAACCCACAGUCUACCAACAACUGUCGCACUAAAGUGGACUUUGCUUUAAAGCUGGGUUACUCGGAAGAUCUGGUGUUGCUGGUAUUGCAGAAACUAGGCCCGGCUGCACUCAUCAAUGACAUUCUUGGAGAACUGGUUAAACUGGGCACCAAGGGGGACCCAGUGGAGCUGCCAGGAUGUACAGUAGGAUCACAGUCUCCUUUGCCCUCUUCUGCCUACUCCUCGUCUUGUUCCUCGGUGGACUCUUGCAGACUGCUGUGCUCGUCUAAACUCCUGGAGGACAAAGAUAACCUUCGGCCAGUUGUGGUGGAUGGAAGUAAUGUAGCCAUGAGUCACGGCAACAAGGAGGUAUUCUCCUGUCAAGGCAUUCAGCUGGCGAUUGAAUGGUUCUUGGAACGAGGCCACAGUGACAUCACAGUUUUUGUUCCUGCGUGGAGGAAGGAGCAAUCCCGUCCUGAUGCUCUUAUCACAGACCAAGACGUCCUGAGGCAGCUGGAGAAGGACAAGAUCCUUGUCUUUACACCAUCCCGCCGUGUGCAAGGACGGCGCGUGGUCUGCUAUGAUGACCGUUUCAUCGUCAAACUAGCCUACGAGUCAGACGGCAUCAUCGUCUCCAAUGACAACUACCGCGACCUCGCCAAUGAGAAGCCCGAAUGGAAGAGGUUCAUCGAUGAGCGCCUGCUCAUGUACUCCUUCGUCAAUGACAAAUUCAUGCCACCAGACGAUCCGCUUGGACGACACGGACCCAGUUUGGAGAACUUUCUGAGAAAGCGGCCAGUCAUUCCAGAAAACAGGAAGCAGCCCUGUCCCUAUGGUAAGAAAUGUACGUAUGGGCACAAGUGCAAGUUUUACCAUCCGGAACGGGGCAGUCAGCCUCAGCGUUCUGUAGCUGAUGAGCUCCGGGCCAGCGCCAAAAUAUCUUCUGCAGUGUCCAAAGUCCAACUGGAAGACUCUCAGUUGGCGAGGAACCAGAUUCCAUCUGAGUCCGGGCGGGUAACCCCAAAGAAAACAUCAAGGUCCCUCACAGAGUUACUGGAGGACCAUCUCCAAGUGCAGUCCAAAGUAGAACGCAAGGGAAGCAGCAAAAGCAUCAUCCAUCCCAUUGCAAGGAGGUUACCUUUCUCAGGAAAUUCAGAUGUAUGGGAUCACCCAGGAUCUAACUACAACCAAUUCGAGUCCUCCGUGUUGGGCUACAACUCCUCAGUAAAGACCUCACCAAUCUUGGGUGUUUCUACUCCGGAAAGUCCUGAGCGCUUCUAUCAAGCAGAUUUCCGAGCCAGGUAUUUGCCCUCCGAAUGCAGCAGUGUGAGCAGCUCAGAGUCGGUCUCCCCAGACCUGGUUUUGGAUGACAAGCCAGUUUGCCAACGCCAUUACCACUACCCCCACACCCAUCGUACUCAUCCUUUUGCUAACCAGUACGGCGGACCCGUAAACAGAAGUCCACCUGGUCUGAGCCAGCACGCUUCAACUGGAAUUAGAAGACUUAAUUUCGAUGUGGAAGAAAGUCCUUUCCAGUCCUUAUCAAGUCACAUUCCGCAAAUUCAUCUCCCACUUCUGAGGAGAUACCCAGGAGAAUGUCCUACACUUCGACCAACCCAAACAUCUACCCUUUCUCAGUGUUCUCUUCUAGCUAGCUCCUUUUGGCAAGAGGAAGGACUCCAGGACUCCAGCAGGUACCAUCAAGGGUCGCCGUUUCCCGCCCGGCGGAAUCAUUCUGGGCUACAAGCGCAGAUGAAUUGGGACCAGCACUACUUACAACCUCCAAGACCUUGUUAUGAUCUCUUCCCACUUCCGAAUCCUCCAAGCGCUUCCGAAAAAGUCUGGUCCUCUCCGUGGAUGAGCAGACAUUCGUCACCGCGUGGCCUUGCACCUUUACCGCAGAUGUCCUUUCCAUCACCCCUUCAACCAAGACAGCAGUCUCUGCAGGAAGAGUCCUCAGUGGCCCACGACAGGCGGGAAAGGGUGUUCCUGAACCUCUGUGGAAUUUUCCCUGCUGAUUUAGUGAGGGUAGUAAUGAGCCGGAACCCGAGUGUGAUUGACGCGCAGGAGCUGGCUGCUGCCAUAUUGAUGGAGAAAUCUCAGGAUAGCUCUUGAACAAGUUUAAACCUCAAUCCCUGAAUCUGAAAGGAUCUCAAGCUCCAUUGGAGUGUUUUCAUAUUUGGUUAGUCUGUAGUCUGCAGUUUCUGCACAUGAGUGAACACCCUGAUCUCAAGUUCCUUGUUCCAGGGCAUAGUUACAAAUCAAGGGGAGAAAAUCUAUCGUCAUGCGGCAGAAUUCCAAAUUUCAGGACAGAGUUUUAGGAACUUUGUCAAGGCUUCCAGGCUCUAUGGCAAAGUUUCUUGUCCUGGGACAUUGUUUUGCGCAAAGUUCCUUUUGAAAACACCCCUCAUAUGAGUGCUAUUUAUAGUAAACACGAAAAGAAUAUACAUAAACAUGCUAUACUAGCACUUAAAAUGGGAACUUUUAGGGUUAGGUAACAUUGUAAAGUGAAGCCAUUUACAUGUGUGCUAAUAUGGUUUGUGUGUCAAGGCUUUCAAGGGUAACAGUGCAUUUAUUAAGUUAUUUAUUCCUUAUAUUUUAAGUUAUUUAUAUGAUUCUUAUGAUUUGGGCACUUUUUGUUGUCGUGUUCUUGCUUUUUUGGGGGCAAUCAAAUCAGGGUAUUUACAAGAGAUAACACAGUCUACCUCUGACUAUUCGUGUUGUGUCAAGUGUUUAUUGCAGUUGUGGAUUCUCCCCUGCAUAAGGGAAGUGAAACUCAAUAGAAGACCAGUGAAAAACAAGAAAAAGUCCCCUCAAAACUCCCCAGAUUGAAGUUGUUCAGAAUGAUUCCAUAUUUUUAACCUAAAGCUUUGUGAUAAUUUAUCACAUGCUCGUUUAGGUUAUUGGAAGUGGUCUCUUCAGCUAUAUUUUAAUACUAAAAGCUUAACGACCUUUUUAGUUCCCAGGAUUAGGUGGUUGAAAUCAAAGUUUCUAGUUCUGGGAUGAACUUUCAAGGGGAACGUUUCUACUGUCCUGGACCAAAUUUUCUAAUUUCAGAGCAGUUUCUAGUUUUGGGGUGACAUUCCUAUAAGUCGUGAGUUUUACUUAAAGUUUUAUUUUCGGAGGAGAGUUUCUUCUUCCCAAUAUAAAUUUCACAUACUGGAACUUUUUUUUCUUUUUAGACCCAAUGCAAAGUUCCUGAUAGUAAAAUACUUAUUUCAUAGUGACUUGAUGUUUUUAAUACGCAGGCUAUAUCAGAAAACAUCUUAACUGCCACUUUUUCACAAAACCAUUCUAUUGGAUCAAAGUUCAUAAUUCUCAAAGGCAGGCCAAAUGAAAGUAAUGUUUGUCAGUAGGCAUGUGCCGGUAUGAUAUUCUGACGUAUGAUAACCUUAAGCCAAAAUAUCACGGUUUCAUGAUAUUGCAAUUACAGCUCUAAAAUGUGUUACUUUGAGAUAUCUGGGUUUAAAAAAAAAAAAAAAAUUCCAUUGAACAGGAUUUUUAUUUUUAAAAACAUAUUAUACAUAUGUUCCAAUUUGCCAAUAAGUUGAAAAAAUAUACUAUAUUCUAAAAAACAUUUAAAUAAAAGUUCUUUAGGUGAGCCUAAACCCACAGCUCGACAUUAUUACCAUAAAAAGCAUGUGUGUAUGACUCGUAUCAUGUUUACAUUAUAACCACACACUCUCUUUCUCAACACAGUUGCCAGAGAGGAAAAAAAAAAAAAUACACGUUUUACCACCGCUAGACACACUAAACACGCUGGAGUUAACUCUCGUAGCUGGUAAGAAACCUCCAUGACAGUGUUUAUGAACCUUUAAUUUUGUAUAAAUGUGAAAUCAUAUUGGAGGUAUUAUCUCCUCGGCAGCAACCCUCUGCAAACAUGUUUUAGAUGUCGGUUGGGCCUCCACCUCUAAGCCGCAGCCAUCUGUCGCUGAAAUAUUCCCAUACUAGCGUUUUUGUUUUCUUUGAUGGGGGGGAAAAAGUUCAGGGCUAGUUUCACCUCCUCCAGCCAUCGUGUAGCACAGCUGACUCACUAACACUGCGCAACAACUGGUGGGGGAGGGUUGAGCCUUGUAGCUGCAAGCGAGGGAUUUCUCCAUGCAUUUUUGGGACAUAGAAAAUAGGUAAUACCUUAGGACACGGUAUGAAGGAAAAUUUUUGCGGUUUUGAGACCUUGAUGUUUUCAUACCACGGUUUAGCUUGAAACCGGUUAUCGGUACAUGUCUAUUUGUCAGUUGAUGGUAUUACAUUAUCAAGUCAUGUCAGAUUAGCAUGACACUGGUAUUUAAAAUGGGUCUUUUUUCACGUCAAGCACUUCUUGCUGUGUAUUUAAAAAGAUUUGCCGCAGUAAACGUGGAUAAACUGGUUCCUGGUUGGGUUUUGUCCCUACCUCCGCUUUGUUGAUACAAAUUGUAUCCUAAUAACGAUAUCCGUUUUUAUAUGAGAAUAUAAGAAACCUUUUGCGUAUUUGUGACAAAAUUGUCACUGUUAUGUUUCCUUAUUCUUCUGAGCAUUCCCAAUAACGUAUUUUCUAUGAUGUUAAGCUUUUCAGAUGGUACUGUCAUGCUCAGGUGGCUGAUUUGUGGUGAAGUAAAAGGCGUUAUCAAGUAACUUGUGUCUGUAGCAAAAAAAGGUGAAAUAUUUAAAAAGAUUCAACAGUUAACAUGCUUCGAUGAUUGAUUAGCUUGUGUCAUGUUCAAAAUUAGAUUAAAUACCGGUAUUUGAAUCUGAGACAAACAACGGCAACAUUUUUGUUAUAUUGUUGGAAAUCAAAGACAACAUAAGGCUUUCAUAUGCAGAAACCAAAUGGUUUUAUUGCCAACUGAUUUAUUUACAUUCAGGAGAGGAGGAAAAUAUCAAAGACAAUAUAUGUUGUAGUUACGGCUUUAACAGCAACAUUUUCAUGGCAAAUUGGCUUUGAUGUGAGUAAACAAUAUUUUUCCAAAAUGUUCGAUGUACUGCUUAGGUUUAAUUUAAACAAACAAACAAAAAAUAGCUUUUGUGAAACCAAAACAUGCUGUAGCCAUCCUUUCCUGAAUGCUUUAAAAUGUGCCGAGUAGGCAUUAUUUUGCUCAACGGGCAUUUGCGAGCCCAAAGCACAAAAAUUCAACCAUUGUACUGCUGCAUAUGGACUGUUUGUCAUGUUAAA